CGCCAGAAACUGAGAGAAGAAGAAGAAGAAGAAAUGGACCCCUGGUGACGUCAAAUUGAAGCGCCUGAGACGAGUUCGCAAUACAAAACGAAAACACGGAGAGCUUUUUGUUCUGUAUUUUGUAUAAAACAGAGCAAAAUGCCGAAAGUAAAGAGGAGUCGGAAGCCUCCUCCAGACGGCUGGGAGCUCAUUGAGCCCACUCUGGACGAGCUGGAUCAGAAGAUGAGAGAAGCUGAAACAGAGCCUCACGAGGGAAAGCGGAAGGUGGAGUCCCUUUGGCCAAUUUUCAGGCUGCAUCAUCAGCGGAGUCGAUACAUCUACGACCUCUUCUACAAAAGGAAAGCCAUCAGCAGAGAGCUGUAUGAGUAUUGUAUAAAAGAAGGCUAUGCAGACAAGAACCUGAUUGCCAAGUGGAAGAAGCAGGGCUACGAGAACCUGUGCUGCCUGCGUUGCAUCCAAACCCGAGACACCAACUUUGGAACCAACUGCAUCUGCAGAGUCCCCAAGAGCAAGCUGGAAGUCGGAAGGAUCAUUGAAUGCACCCACUGUGGAUGCAGAGGAUGUUCUGGCUAAGUGCAGUUUUUGGACAUCCGGUCUAUUUUCCGUUGGGCAACAGGGCUCACCCAGCUUCCAUCUGUGCAUUAUCAUAACCCCAAAGCAACGUUGUCUUUAUUUCAGUCAGAAACAAAUCACUGAUAUCUUCACCAUCAUCCUCAGUUAUAGGGGGGUCAGUGUUUGGUACUUUUGAAAACAGGGGAGCAAAGGAGAAUACACUGAGAGGGGCCAUAUUGUAUUAAAUACAUCUGUUUUUCUCUGUGUGUUUUUUUUUUUUCUUUUUUUAUAAACCUAACUAAAGCCCUCAACUCCAAAUGCUCAAAGUAGGAAGUUGAGGUUAGCCGUUUCUGGAUCAGACCUAUCAUUCCUGCUAGUCAAACCCACUGUGAAGGUCAUUUUAAAAUCUAAUGCUUUUCAUUUCAUUUGAAAAGGGCUGGGAGGGAAAGUGAGUUUUGUUCGGAAAUGUUGUUUUAAACCUUAAAACUUUUUCUUCAUCAUUUUUCUUGUAGUGUAAUUUUAAAUAAAACAAUUCUGAUUUA